GCACGUCAUUCAAAUCUACCGAGUCACCGAACAACGCUAUAACGCAUGUCCAGACACAAAACUGAAUCUCACCGAAAUUCACCAGUAGCACGAAACUUCUGUGCACCCAAAUCCCCAUAUCCAGAACGCACGUCGAAUCCGGUGGUGCCGCCGAUCAUAUCUCUAGGCCGGUGCCAUCGUCCACCUCACGCGUUCACCGUCGGAUUCGCCGGCACUGACUGAAUCAACGAUUUCUGAUGAAGGAUUCGCCGGAAGCUUCGUAGCAUGGCGGAGGAGACGAUCGAGAAGAGCAGUUCAUCAGAAGAGGAGAACAACAAGGCAGUGGAUCCAACUUUUUUCAGCUGUUUGCUUCAGCCUUCGAGUGCUGAUUCGGAUCCACAGUACAUUGGAAUUCGUCGUCUUCUUCUCCGCCGGAAGGCCGAGUCCGGUGUUCAUCGCCGGAAGGAUUGGAGAUGCAAUGGAAAAGGCUAUGUCGCAUACCGGAAUUACAUUCGCAGGCCGAGGAAUUGGGAAAGUUUGCAUGCACCAAGCCACUCAAGCACUCCUGGUCAAAGUGGGCGAUGGAUUCCGUCUCCAGCUCCACUCUCCCUUUUGUUUGAGGUGGACAGCUGGAGUUCCAGCAGGGACCUACGAAGUGGCUAUCAAGCUUCAAGUCACAGGACCAGUUUCAGCUCAAGUGCAAGUGACAACGAUCCCCCAGUUCGAAAGGUUGAACCUGCAUAUUCCUUUGUAGGAAUGCAUUGCAUCUUUGACCAAUGCAAAGCUUCAGUUACAGUUUUGAAGUUUGGGAACAAGAGUUCUGAUCUACUAGCAUAUGGAGCAGCAGAUGGAACCUUGACAGUCUGCACUGUCUCUCAGCCUCCUUCAAUCAUCAAAGAAUUGAGAGGGCAUUCUAAAGAUGUGACAGAUUUUGACUUCUCAUCCAACAAUCAGUACAUUGCAUCCUCAUCAAUGGAUAAAAGUGUCAGAGUAUGGGAGAUAUCAAAAGGCCUUUGUAUUCGAGUAAUAUAUGGAAUCUCUUCACAAUUGUGUAUUCGUUUUCAUCCUGUGAAUAACAACUUCCUCUCAGCUGGCAAUGCAAACAGAGAAAUCACUGUUUUCAAUUUCAGCACUGGAAGAGUUAUUAAUAAAGCAGUUUUUGAUGAUGCGGUCACGGCUGUGGACCAUGAUCACACUGGUCAACUUAUUUUUUGUGGGGACGCACAGGGAUGUAUAUACACAGUAAAUAUGAACUCUCGCACAGGAUCAUUAUCCCGUUCUCAUCGCAAUCGGAGUAGCAACAAUCGUAAAUCUCCGGUCACAACUGUUCAGUACCGAAGUUUCUCUCUGCUGGCUCGGGGCCCUGUAUUGCUGACAUGUACUCAAGAUGGAAGUUUGUCCUUUUUCAGUGUUGCUCUGGAAAUACAGGGUUAUUUGACUCCUCGUUGCUCACUCAAAUUGACACCACGAGUGCACAGCAUCCGCGCUUCCUUCUGCCCUCUGCUUUCCCUUGAAAAGGGAGAAUACAUUGUUGCUGGAAGUGAAGAUUCAAAUGUCUACUUCUAUGAUCUGACUCGGCCAAGGCAUACAUGUGUAAACAAGUUACAGGGUCAUGGUUCUCCGGUCAUUGGUGUUGCUUGGAACCAUGGAGAGAACUUGCUGGCUUCAUCCGAUUCUGAUGGUACUGUCAUUGUAUGGAAGAGAGCAAAGACAAGUUGAGACCACCACCAGCGCAUUGGGAGGUAAAUUUCAGAAUACAGACUGAAGGACCAUGGCAAGUUAUUAUAGGCUUUAUUUGUGUGAGUCUGCCAUUCUUUUAUGAGACUGAGUGUGGCUUUUGCUGCAUCUCACACACACACACUCCCACAUUCAAAUGUUUCAGGCAGAUGAGAAAACCAAGUCGUCAUUCUUGAAUUAAUUCUUUUGUACCAUUCAAUUGAUUACCAUUUCACUCUUAUCUAGUGAAAGCUUCAAAGGCGGCCUUUGAGGUGAUGAUGUAC